AAAGAUAGAUAAGAAGAAGAAUUUCCGAUCAGGCGACCUUUAGUUGAACUCCCAGCACCGUCACAGGAAGGUGGAAAUGGGACAAAUAUUAACUCCGAUUUUGAAAUGGUUUGCUUUUAAGGGAGAGAGAAUCACAUAUAACCCUCUGAAGUGCCAAAUAUGUCAGAGUCACUUCGGGCAGAACGACAAAGCACCCGUGGCACUCUCCUGCGGGCACAGCUCAUGCCGGGAGUGCCUUCGAUUCUUGGCCCGAAAAGGGAGCUCCCUCAGGUGCCCCGUCUGCAGUGCCACCCACAGCGGGCAGCCCCUUGAAGAACUCAGGGACAACUUCGAUCUCCUGAACGCUGGCACCAAGAGUGAGGCUCCCAUUAGGCCCUCGCUGCGGAAGAGAAGAAACGUCUCGAGGGCCCCCGAGUGUAGAGUGUGCCGCCAGAACUACUCGAAGGGUGCCCUGGCUCCCGUGGCCCUCUCCUGCGGCCACAGUGCAUGCAGGACCUGUCUCCGCACCAUCCUCGAGAUGAAAUCGACCCUCAAGUGCCCCACAUGUACGGCUGUCCACUCGGGGGCCUCGCUCGACGAACUCCGCGACAACGCUGGUCUUUUGGAAGCCGUGGCGCGGGUGGGGGCGCUGCAGAAAGAAGAGGUGGCCAGGCAGGAGGAACCAGCUGCAGAGACGAAUUCGAUCAGGAUCCUCGUGAAGGAUCUGACAGAAAAGCAGUUCCCAAUCACCAUAGAUCCUUCCAAGACAUUCCAGGAGGCCAAAGAGAUGUUAAGCUCACAGUAUGGACUCACUCGGGAAAACAUCCGACUUCUUUACAGAGGGAAAAGGUUGGAUGAUAACAAGACGCCAAAUUACUAUAAGAUAACUCACGGAUCAGUUAUCCAGAUGGCGAUGGCGUACUUAGGAGGAGCGAAUACAUCUAUUCAGGUCGAAUUUUAAAGCCAGUGGUUCUUUACUUUGAGUCACGGACCCAUUUAAGAAUCUGAUGGAGGAUAGGGAAGCCCUUCCUUAGAAAUAUUCACAUAAACUUUAUUUAUCGAGAUUUGAUUCUUUCUUACAUAAAUGAGAUACACAAAGAAUGAUCAAACUAUGAAGUAAACAAUCUAGAAAAUAUACACUUAUAUGAACGUUGAUUUUUAUCUCUUUCCCACGGCCCGUUUGGAACCACACGUGGGCCGCAGGUUAAGAACCCUCAGUUUUAAUCCGUUGGAGGAGGAAUAUGUUCAUUCAAGUAUUCUAUCUAUCAAGUAUAAAUAGAUAGAUAGAAUGAAAUGUAGUGGCAAAAAAUAAACGCACACACAUGU